AUGAAUUCAUAAGCAAAUUAAUUAUUAGAAAAGAUGAACAAUUGUCAUAUACACAUCAAAUAAAAAUCUAAACCAUCAAUUCAUUUUAAAAAAAUGGUUCUAACUUAUCAUUGGAGUUUAGCAAUUAAUAAACUAUAAAAAAUUUUCACUUUAAGAUGUAAAUUGCCAUUAUAAAAAAUAAAAAAUGAAGAACUAAUAAUUAAAUAAUCAAGAUCGAUGUAAAAUAGUUAAAUAUUUAAUAACCAAAAAUCAAAUAAGCAUAUUCGAUAUUUAUCAUAAUAACCUUAACAAAUUGAAACUUAUUCUUAAUUAGAUUCAAAUUUGAUUUCAGAAGAAAUGAAUGAUUUAGCCUCAUUAUCAAAGAAUAAUCAUACUUAAAAUAGAUCUCGAAAAUUAAAUAUUGUAAAAAUUUAGAAUCAGUAAAAUGACUUAAAACAAUCAGAUUAUUUACAGUCAUAGAAUAGUUUAGAUCAAUUAAAGUUCAAUGAAGAAUUUCUAAAUCUAUUUAAAAAACAAAAAGAAUUGAGUUAAUUUGGAUAGUUGGGUAAAUAUAGAAAGUUUAAUUAUAGGUAUAAAUAAAAUCAAAGAAUAAGAAAUGUUAAUAUAGAAAAUAAUUGAGAGUAGACCAAGUAAACCAAAUCCAGAUUUUAAAAUAUUUCUUUCUCUAAAUAAAAAACCAUAAAUUGAAAUUCCACAACAAGCUAAAAUAUAAUAAUAAAAUUAAUAGCCUGUAUUUCUAAUUCUUGUAAUUUUUUUCAUUAGCUUGAUUAGUAUGUAUAUAAUAGUUUGA